UGGACAGGGUCGGUUCCGGAAGUGGCCCCUUCUCUGUGGGAUCCCAGAGAUGUACUAGGGAAGCCAUCAGGCUGGACGAGCUGGAAGAGGUCACCAGAGGUCGAGACUUGGCAAAGGCUGAAGGCUCACUUACUGCCCCUGGUUGGGCUCGGACAGAAGAAUGAAAAGUCUCCGCUGCUGGCGUUACACUCGGCUGCCCAGCCAGGUGGAGGAUGCUCUGUCUGGGGAGGAGGACAAGGAAGAGGAGGAGGAAAAGGAGGAGGAGACAACCCCAGCCCCAACUCCGGUUCCCGAAUGCCCCGUGGUGCCCCAGCUGGCAGGAGCCAGCCAGGUUCUGGGAGCCUCAGAAAUGAGUCAGCUCAGUCUUCAUCUGCCCCCAAGAGUCACUGGAUACUCCUGGAGCCUGGCCUUUUGCACAUCAAGGGACGGCUUCAGUCUGCAGAGCCUGUACAGGCAGAUGGAGGGCCACAGCGGGCCGGUGCUGCUGGUGCUGAGAGACCAGGAUGGCCAGAUGUUUGGGGCCUUCUCCUCCUCGGCCCUUCGACUCAGCAAAGGCUUCUAUGGUACUGGCGAGACCUUCCUCUUCUCCUUCUCUCCACAGCUGAAGGUCUUCAAGUGGACAGGAAGCAACUCUUUCUUUGUGAAAGGCGACUUGGAUUCUCUGAUGAUGGGCUGUGGCAGUGGCCGCUUUGGGCUGUGGUUGGAUGGAGACUUGCACCGUGGGGGGAGCUACCCCUGUGCGACCUUCAACAAUGAGGUGCUGGCCCGGCAGGAGCAGUUCUGCAUCAACGAGCUGGAGGCCUGGGUCCUGAGCUGAUGCCACGGCGGGCAGCUUCCUGAGGCAACAGGCGUUCAGACCUGCCCCCGGAUGCCGACGAGGCCGCGCUCAGCCAGGGGAGCCUGCUCCAUCCGAAACACAGAUGGAGAAGUGUCCGGUGUGGACUGUGGCUGAGAGCAGCCUCUUGGCGCCUGAGGACCAAGACAGCUGUGGAGACAGGCCACAUUCUACUAGAGAGGGGAUUUGAGGGAGUAAAAGACAGUUAUACCUCACCUGAGCAGCACAGAAUUCCUCAGGAAAAUUAUCCUUUUAGAGAGUACACAGUUAAUGUGUGUUUAUUGUAGAAA